AAAUCACACUCUAUAUUUACUUCUCUCAAAAACAGAGCUGUAGAGAGAGAGAGAGAGAGAAUGUCGUUAGCAGCAUCUAGGGUUUUCAAGGCCUGUAGGGCACUCUUGGCUCCAGCCAAACCUGCUACUGCUUCCAAGACCACGGUAGCGAAGCCAAAGCCUAAGCCUAAGCCAAAGGCAAAGGCAACCUCUACGACUCCAGGAACACCCCGUGGAAUACUCAAGCCAAACCCUGUCUCUCCUGUUCUCGGUGACUUCUUAGGUGGGGUCCCUGAGUCUUCUCGAGCUGAGGCUGUGAAGAAGAUCUGGGCCCACAUCAAGCUCCACAAUCUCCAGAACCCCACUAACAAGAAGGAGAUAAUUUGUGAUGCAAAGCUAAAGGCCAUAUUUGAUGGGAGAGACAAGGUUGGAUUCUUGGAUAUAGGGAAGUUGCUGUCUGCUCAUUUUCCAAAGGCUGGUUAAUUUCAGGAGUUAGGGUUUAGGAGGGUGGCUUGACUCUUCAUGGAGCAAGCUCUUGAUGACUUUAUGGUUGAAUCAUUUGCUUGUUUUAUGUUUGAUAUUUGGCCUUCUGUUCAGAGCCAAAAUCUUUGUUGAAUUGCAACUUAACUAGUUUUUAGCUGGACAUGGUGUAAAAUUGGCUAGCAAUCAUGGGUUUAUCAUAUCUCCUCAUUUCGUAUAA